AUGGGUGUAAUAAUCAUCGACGGGUCAACCGUACGAGCCUUCAUGAACGACGAAACUCAGUUCAAAACCAGCGUCGACGCCCAAUUCGACUCUCUUGAUGUCAACAACGACGGCGUUCUAUCAAGAUCCGAGAUGCGUAAGGCUUUUGAGUCCAUGAGGUUGCUGGAAGCUCACUUCGGAGUUGACACCGCCUUGCCCCCGGAGGAGCUUACCCGUCUCUACGAUUCUGUGUAUCUGGGCUUCGAUGAAGACCAGAACGGCACCGUUGACCUGCAGGAGUUCAGGUCGGAGAUGAAGAAGAUCAUGCUCGCCAUUGCCGAUGGGUUGGGGUCUUCGCCGAUUCAGAUGGCGGUGGAGGAUGAUGAUCAGAGUUUUCUGAAAAAAGCAGCUGAUUUAGAAGCGGCGAAGAUAUCUGAGAGUUCUUAG